AUGUGCUCACGUGACUGGACGGGAACUCCUCAUGGGCGCUUCAAAACGGCCACGAUUCAUCAAGACGCCUUCGUCUGGGUGUCUGGACUGCGAUUCAAUCUGUCGGCCUUACUUGUCCGUAGCCUUGUCUUCGGCAACUGUGUUGCUCUGCUUCUGCUUGCUGCACUCCGGCGCGAAGACGUAUACCGGUCCAUCACCCCUCCUCCUCCUUUCUCGUUCUCUCCGGCUCCUAUCUCAGCGGCGAGCUUCCGCGAUAAAGCCGUGGCGCCCGCUUCUGCUCCUUCCGCCAUUGUCCCGCCCUCACCGUCCUCCACUACGUCUCAGACUCCCAGCAGCCAAGAUGUCGGUCAUACGACCUCUUCCGCCUUGCAUCCCCGAGUGGCCGUCAUUUUGGGAGUAGAUCGGAAAUGGUACCUGCCUUUACUGAUCUGUCGGGCAAUGAGCACAGUCCCUGCAGCAUGGUGGGGUCUCCGUUGUGCCUUUACUUUUUUGGCCGAACUGCUUCACAUUCGACCAGGAAUGGGACGGGAGGGCUGGGCAGCAGCGAUUGUCGGGAGCAUUGGACAAGACUGGGAUGUAGAGAGAAGAUUUCGGGUGACUGAGGUGGCUUUAGCUAUUAUGUGGUGCUGUGCAUCCGCGUACCUUUCUUAUUUCUUUGCUGAUUGCAUGAUGUCUCGAUGGCUUUUGAAUUAUACCCCGCCAGCUGUUGUUAUUCGUCUCCUGACUACCAACGGGUUGAUCGCAUAUAUCACUUCAUGGGUUCUCUAUCUUUCUGGUGCAUCCUCCGAUCCACGCCUUCUCCUACCGGCAUGGAUAUCAAUUACAACCACUCUCACGUUCCUCUACCAUGCAACCCAAAACCACGCCAUGAUCAAGCGCGAAACAGCUGCAGCUUUACUCGUCGUCUCUAUUGCCAGUUUCCUGAGCAUGUCCUCUCUGCUUCUCCAAUUGCAUUUGACCCGCGAGAACGAACCCGAAGUCCCUGCAUUCGUCAUCACGCGGAAACUAUGGGAUUGGGCCGUUGCGAUCUUCCUUCGUAUGCGGGUGGCAGAUGAUAGGUUAGGAGACACUGGGGAGUUGUAA